AAUUAUUCCUCAGAAUGCAGUUCAAGUUUUUAAUGAAACUGAACCUAACUUCUGUCCCUAGGAAUUCAGCCUAAGCUUAAAUUCCUUCCCUCUUAUGGGUGGAUAGAACAAGCAAUUCUAAUUCCAGAAAACCUUCUCAUUCUACCUCCUUGAAAAUAAGCUUUCAGCUUUUCUCCUCAUUCUACCUCCCCUCCUCCUUGCAAAUUUUCUGUGCAGAGGAUAGGGUCAGAAUAAUCAAGAUAAUAGAAACAGAAAAACAUAUCUAAAAAAACAACUAAAGCAUGGGCCAUGGAAGUCAAACGAAAAAAGUGAGGAAUGUCUCUAUGUGUUUCAUAGCCAUUUAGCCUUUUGUCUUCAGCUAACAAGGAACAAAUCAGAUAGAAAAAUCAGAUGGAAGAGUUGUACAAUAAGAUAGAGCCACAAAUGCUGCUUAAGAAAACCAUUCAGAAGACCAAGAAUUUCCUCCACAAAACUCCCCGUAAUCUGAAGUCUUUUCUCUUUGGAGGUCACCACAAGCUACCUAAAGCUGCUCGUCACUUCAAUCCAUUUUUCUCCGGUAGCAAACGAAUCUCAAAGUCUAGCAUUCCACAGUUGGAUGAUUUAUACCGGAACUACUAUCAACAAAGGCAUAGGCUUGAUCAUAAUGACAUUCUUGAUAGAAAGAAUGCGGGCAAAAGUACAAAGAAAUCUCAAGGGAUUACUGAAGGAGAACGUAGCGAAAGCCAGAGGAAAAUUGCAGUGCGGUUUGGUAUGAAAGACAUAGAAAGAGAAAAGAGAAAGGAAGAGGAGAAGAAAGGGAGAGAGAUCUUGACACGAAGCACAAGUAAAGGGAGUCUUAGGAUGCUGCAGAAGAUGGAGGAAUUAGAAAUGAUGGAUAGGGAAGACGUGGAUCAUGAGCUAGAUAUAGAAGAAGUGCUCCACUACUACUCUUUGCUAAACAGCCCAGUUUACGUUGACAUUGUUGACAGAUUUUUCUUGGACAUGUACACCGAGUUCUCAAUUCCAAAACCAUCAGGCAGUCUCAACAAUUCAAUGCGAAGACUUGGUCCUCUCAAGCUCUAAAACAAACAAGUAUACCUUUGUGUGUGCCUCUGAGAUUGUGAGUGGUGAUGCAAUUUCCUAUCGUUUACUUGUCUUCCUGUUUGCUAAUUGUUAUUCACUUCAUAUCAAUUAAAAGAUCCAGGAAUGUGUGUUUCUUUACUAUUUUGUUGGUGUAAUAUGAUACAGUAUUCAAAGUA